CACCCAACUCAAGUUCCCCUGCACGGCUGCAGUGCUGCACCAUGCCACCAUGAGACAGUGAGAGUGUGAGACCAAACAGCAUGGGGAGAAGAUGAAAGAAAAAUGAAAUAAAGAAGGGGGCAAGAACACCACUACACCAGGUCUGGCAACUUUGGACCUUGGCUCGCCGAAAGCUCCGAAACCGGCUGCCAUGUUUCGGCUGUCUGCUUCUCUGUCUUUACUGUGCGCCCGUCUGCGCCCAUUUCGUUUUCCUUGAGGACCUGAACUUUCUUUACCAAAAGCCACAGACAGCGUAGCAGCUGCAAGUUUUCCUGGAAUCCCUCACCACAGUCCUGUAGCUUAGUUAACAAGAACCAUAAUUGUGAUUGUAGUGGCUCCUUCAAAGACUUCAGAGUGUCUUUUAGCCUUGGGUUAGUUCCUCUGCCUCUGCUAAGAUUCUUUCCUGAAAAUCCUUUCUCUUGGAAAAAAAAUCUGGCCUUUCUGCCCCUGGGUUCCUUGUUCUUGUUUUCUUGCUGCUGUUCUUGGGCCCAGGGAAGAAUGAUGUGGGGGAAGUGGAGUAACAAGCUGAUUCACAUUCCAACUCUUCACCGCUGGAAAAGGACGUGAGGGCCGCGUCGUGUGUGGGGGAGAGAGAAGGCCAGAAGGGGGUAGGAGGAGGACUGGAGAGACAGAGAGAGGAUGUGUGUUGCCUCCUAUUAAAAAGCCCACAUGCCGCUGAGCUUGACCACUGCUGCGCCCUGCGGAUGCUGCUCCCUCUUGCGGCGGUGGAAAGGUUAAUUAGGAAUUGAGCUCACGCAAGCUCGGAAAGCAGUCAAGCACCCGCGCCGAUUCCCGCUCUCGCAGCUGCAUUCUGCGUUCCCAGGCGGUGGGAGGCUGUUCUUGAUGCCAACGAUGUUCGCUUUGCGUCGCUCUCGGCGCCAGCGGCGGCGGGUAGGUGGAGGCGGAGCACCGCGGUGAGAAGAAGCCGUUCUUGAGAGUGUCAGUGGUGUUGGUGUUCGCGAGUGUUGUUCUUGCCUUUGGUUCUUGGCGGCAAUGGCGCCGGGCCUGGGGCUGGCCUACCCGUGGGGGAGAGAUGUCCGGAGGGGCACGCCGGUGGUGGUGACCAUGGAGAACCCCAACUACUCGGUGGUAGAGGUCGGCAGGCCCGAGGCGGAGGCGCUCCAGGUCGGCGUGCCCAUGGACAAGGGCCGGGGCAGGAGCGCCAAGCAGAUCACAUGGGUGCUGCUCCUCCGCGCCCACCGCGCCGCCGGGUGCCUCGCCUCGAUCGCCGCCGUCGCGUGGGCGCUGCCGACCGCCGUUGCAAAGCGGUUCCGUCGAACGGCCGUCGCCGGUGACGGGCCCGGCAGCGGCCAGGGCUGGCUGCUCUACAGGUUCAUCAAGGGGUUAUUGGCGCUCUCUUUGCUUGCUCUCGCCAUGGAGCUCGCGGCCUACUCGAAAGGGUGGCACUUGCCGAGGCUGGAUUUGCUAGUGCCGGACUUGCCUGUGCCGGAGGUGGUGGAGAUUCAGGGAUGGGCGCACUCGGCGUACCUCUUCUGGAUGUCAUUCCGAGCAGACUACAUCCGGCGGCUUAUCGAGUUCUUGUCAAAAGCUUGCAUUUUGCUAUUUGUCGUCCAAUCGAUGGACCGGCUCGUCUUGUGCUUGGGGUGCUUCUGGAUUAAGCUCAAGAAGAUCAAGCCAAGGAUCGAAGGGGACCCGUUCAGGGAAGGCUCAGGGUAUCUGCACCCAAUGGUGCUUGUUCAAAUUCCUAUGUGCAACGAAAAGGAGGUUUACCAGCAAUCGAUUUCAGCUGCCUGCCUGCUAGAUUGGCCUAGGGAUAAGUUUCUAAUACAGGUACUAGAUGAUUCCAGCGACGAGAGCAUUCAAAUGUUGAUCAAAGAAGAAGUUUCCAAGUGGAGUCAGCAUGGCGUGAACAUUAUCUAUCGGCACCGUGUGUUGAGGACCGGGUAUAAAGCUGGGAACCUCAAGUCUGCAAUGAGCUGUGACUAUGUCAAGAAUUAUGAGUUUGUUACCAUUUUUGACGCGGACUUCCAACCAAGCCCUGAUUUUCUCAAGAAAACAAUCCCGCAUUUUGAGGGAAAUCCUGAGCUUGGAUUAGUUCAAGCACGAUGGAGCUUUGUGAACAAGGAUGAGAACCUGUUGACACGCCUUCAAAAUAUCAACCUGUGUUUCCACUUUGAAGUGGAGCAGCAGGUCAAUGGGGUCUUCUUGAACUUCUUUGGUUUCAAUGGAACUGCCGGGGUAUGGAGGAUCCAAGCUUUGGAGGAUUCAGGUGGUUGGCUUGAAAGGACAACAGUGGAGGAUAUGGAUAUUGCUGUUCGAGCUCACCUGAAUGGAUGGAAAUUUAUCUUCCUCAAUGACGUGAAGGUCUUAUGUGAACUGCCAGAAUCCUAUGAAGCGUAUCGGAAACAGCAGCACCGGUGGCAUUCUGGCCCAAUGCACCUUUUCCGGCUGUGCCUUCGGGACAUAAUUACUGCCAAGAUCACCUCAUGGAAGAAAGCAAAUUUAAUACUACUGUUCUUUCUUUUGAGGAAGUUAGUACUUCCUUUCUAUUCUUUCACAUUAUUUUGUGUCAUUCUUCCACUAACCAUGUUCGUUCCCGAGGCCGAGUUGCCUGUGUGGGUUAUCUGUUAUGUGCCUGUUUGCAUGUCCUUCCUGAACAUUCUGCCGUCACCAAGAUCAUUUCCUUUCAUUGUACCAUACCUGCUCUUUGAGAACACCAUGUCGGUGACCAAGUUCAACGCAAUGGUGUCUGGGUUGUUCAAACUUGGAAGCUCCUACGAGUGGAUUGUCACCAAGAAAUCUGGUCGAUCAUCCGAAUUAGAUCUCUCCCCAUUAGCAGACAAGGAUACAAAUGGCGUUACACUUGCUCAGUUCCAGAAGCAAUUGCCUGAGAGUGGAUUGAUUGAUAUCAAUAUGCGAAAGGAACAGCAGGAGAAGGUGCUGCAUGAGGGGAAAAAAGCUAACAAGAUCUACAAGAAGGAGCUUGGCCUUUCUCUGCUCCUCCUCACCGCUGCAACUCGGAGCCUCUUGUCUGCUCAAGGGAUUCAUUUCUACUUCCUUCUCUUCCAGGGGGUGUCAUUCCUUCUUGUUGGCCUUGACCUAAUCGGGGAACAGAUAAUCUGAUCCUUGGCAAGCUUUUGUUGAAAGUCAAAAUAGCAUAGCAAGCACGCAUAUGUUAAUAAGAACAGUGAUAUUCAAGCUCCAAAGUUCCAAUUCAUGCUACGGAAUUUCGCCUCAGCAUUGCAACCUUGCUCAAAAGACAAGGGAAGAACAAUUGGUUACUAUGCAUUCAGGGCACAAACUGAGAUCCCCCAACAGGAAUAAACUGAAGAGUAGAUAGAAUUUGUUCAUUUGUACACUGUCAGUAAAUGUUCCAGCAAAGUUCAUAUAUAGAGUUCCACCAAUGUUCUUUGAAUUCAUAAAUACUGAAAUGUGUACCGUUCAUUUGUAAACUGUUACUGCACAAUUUGUGCCAAAUAUAAACUGUGAUAUUGUACACAUCCUGUUGAUGG